CAGGGAAUAGCUGCCAUGUAUCAAGAACAAAUUGAAUCUAUGUGUCGUUUAGGUUACAUUUUCCAUGCUUUCAAUUUAUUUGUCUCCAUGUUAACGAUGGAAGGAGUUUGCGAUUCUAUCCAAGUAAUGGCCUCCACGUAUGUAUUCCGUACCCUCUGGUUAGAAAAUACAUGUAAACAAAGCCGAGGGAAGACAUGCGGUUGUUGAGGCCCUAAUGCGAG